AUGGAAGACAAUGACUUGGGCAAUCCGCAGCUGGCGGAAGAGCCAUUGGUAUGGAGGCACCCGCAGGAGCCCAUCCUGACCGUCGAGGGCUCCACGCAUUUGGUGUUUCUGCAAGGCAAAUAUCCGUCCAAAGUAGCUUAUCGCGAAGGCCAGGGAACUAUUUUGUUCUGGGACCUUGGCUAUCUUUGGGAUGUUUUUCGUGAAGAAGCUGAAGAGCGUCAAAGCUCCAAAUUUCUCAACGACUUUAAACGCCUUGCCAUGUGUGAUGAGUUGGAGAAUGAGCUUCACAUUCGGGGCAAGGUGGACAGGCCAAAUGCUUUGAGCGCAAACUGUGCGGCAACUGGUUUGGUCUUGACAUACUUAAGUCGAGUGGCUGAUGUUACGCGCACUACUUCGAAAAUGCAAUUAGCUUUGGGCUACCUCAGGUUCGUCGUUGGACUGGCUGUGGACUUGUCUUGGGAAAAUAGGGGCUUGGACCUGGGUGACAUGGUAGAUUCAGCUGGAAUGGUCACCAAUUUCCAACAGCUUCUUCGGCAAAAGCAUUUAGCCGUGGUGGACGCGUGGAGACAGCAAUGGGAGUCCAUGAGGGAGCAGUUGUCCACGUCUUGGCCAGAGGGCAAUGAUCAGCCCUUGCCUUUGCUGGAUGUAGCCAUGUUUUUGACUUUGGCCAAGAGAAUCAGAAGAUCCCAAGGAAAACAACGCUGGAAGAAGAUAAGCGGUGAUUUGGUGGAAUCCUUGUUGAAACAGCUUCUGAAAGGUCUUGCAGAUGUUCUCCACAUAAAGAUUCUUUCGAAUUUGCAGCUCUACCGCGCUGGCCCUGAUGUGCAGCUCCCUUCGCGCAAAUAUUCCAGGCAACUCGAAGAAGCGGAUGAACAAGCAAUUGUGGGAGAGAGCGGUGCCAUUGGAAACAGUCCUGGCAAGAAGGUUACCAAACGAUUGCAUCCCAACGAGGUGUGGGACUUGGUAUGUCAAGCUCAAGAUGAGCACCUUAGCUUGCAUCGGUUGGCCAAAGUGAAACGCGGUAGCUCCGCAGGGUCUGCUUGUGCUUGGCAGAACAAGCUGCUGAGCAUGUACUUUGCACGUACGCAAUUGUUGUUCAAGUUUUCCCGACAUCUGACACUUAUCACAGAUGGAAGCACCCACGGAGGCCGCAACACAAUUGUUACUGUAGCCUUUGAUCCUCUCUUGAACACUGCGGGAUUUGCCCCGUGCCAAGCCCUGUCAGCAGCCAAGUGCGUUGGCCCUGGCGAGUUCGAUGUCGAAGAUGAUGUUGAGCGGCUUCUGGCUAGACGAGAAGCGGACCGUGUAAGCAGCUACCGGCUGCUCCAAUCGUUGAGCUACCAGAUCUACCUCAUCACAGCUGGGAACUUGGAUUUAGAAUGUUUUCAAGUACCAGUGACCUUCAGCAAAGCCCUCCAACGAAUGAAGCCUGGUUGGAGACGAGUGGUGUUAAACAAUGGCAACCUCAGAAUCUUGUUCUCAGAUGGCAGCUCGGAGAUCUUUGAUGUGAACAUGGCAGUGAACACUUUGCCAUCGCUAACUGUGAUGCAAGACCAGGGAUCUGUCGGCGCAGCAGGAUUUGCGUUUCUGCUGGACCAAGGGUUCAUGAUACACACAGAGUUCGACAAAUUCCAUCGCCUGCAACGGGACAUGAGAUUGAGCCAGGAUGACCCUGUCGUCCAGGAAUACAUUGACCGCGUUGGCGCAGACUUCCAAAUGCCUACUGUCACGUUUGAAGAUCAGCAAGCUGUCUUGGAUUCUUUGUGGCAAAACCUUGUUUCGUGGAGGCUUAAGUCUGAAGCUCCCGAAUCGAGCAGGUGGUUUUCGUGGCUAUCUGCUGCGCAUCUCCAAAUGAGAGAAUGGUGGGCCUCACGUAUGGUAUUGCGGUGGUACUUGCCAGAAGCAGAGGAUCCUGACAGAGAAGACGCAAAAAAGUUUCAAGAACUGAAAAAGUCUGGAGUUGGCGGGCUCCACUUGGGAUUCCAAUGUUUAUCCGAAAGAUAUUGGGAGAAUUGCAUGAUUUUGUUGGUGGCGGGUAGGCCUCUGUGGUCUUACUACUCCGAGCAAGUCGAAGAAAUUCAAAAUGCCGAAGAUGGAUUCAAAUAUGCUUUGCACAUGGAAGCCAACUGGCAGGCAUGCGCUCAACUGGUGGAACUCGCCGCCUUGGUUUCUACAGCUGGAAAAGAUGAAUGGAAACCGGUUGCCAGAUGGGCAAUCGAUGAACAAGAUUUUUCCUCGAAAGCUUGGACUUAUGUGGUUGACCUUUUGGAGCACAGGGCAGGAAGUUUGGCAAAACAUUCCUCGGGGUGUGCAGCCUAUGCUUCGCUGGUGGAAGGGUCUGCCGCUGGCCUGUGCAAAUUCAAAACAGACUUCUGCUUACUCUUGAGCUUCGAAGGAUCAACCGCAGACUCUGGCUCUCUGCUGGAAGACCUACAUUUGGUUUUUUCCGCGCCCCUACGUUUGGUGGCAACUGCGCUUGAAGUCCAUGGUUGGGAGCUUUCUGCGAGAACUGUGCCUGCUGUGCAGAUGCUUCGCUCGAUGGUCUUCAGUGUUCCAGACAGCAAAUUGAUUGAAGAUGUGCACCAGAGGUUACGAAACGCUCAAAAGGCUCGACCAAAUGACAGAAUGACGCCCGCGUGUGUGCAGCAAAUCUGCAAUCAUUGCAAUGUGUUGGACAGCAGGAAGAUUCGACACGGCCCAGUCAUCACAAGGAAGGGUUUUUUUGGAAAACCUUCGCAAAACAAAUCGCCAUUUCCAGCCUCGCAAGCAUGGCAGACCGCGCAAUCACAAACUUCAUGCGAAAUUUGGUCACAUCAUGAAGAACCGAACUUGGCCUGCUCUCACAGAACCAGCUUUGGUUAG